UUUGCCAAGUAUUUUUAUCAGUGCUAAAACGACAUUUGCCAUGUCUGUAUCUAUCAGGAUCAUCGUGGCUAUUGUUUGCCUACUCGUCAGUGAUGAAACAGAGGGUAAACAAGGUUUUGGUCCUGGAGAACAAGAUUGGGGUCAUGUAAAAGUGCGUGAACAUGCAUACAUGUUCUGGUGGCUUUAUUUUGUCAAUCCACCAUGUGAAUCAUCGAAUAAUAAUUAUUCAGUGUAUGAUAAACCUUUGUUAAUAUGGCUACAAGGUGGACCAGGUUCAUCAUCAAGUGGUUAUGGGAAUUUCAAUGAACUUGGACCAAUUGACUUGGAUGGAAAACCACGUAAUCACACCUGGAUAAAUGAUUACAAUGUUUUAUUUAUUGACAAUCCAGUUGGAACUGGUUUUAGUUAUACAACAAAUUUCCUUGGUUUUACUGAAAGUAAUCAUGAAAUUGGUGUUGAUCUUGUUGAAUGUAUACGUGGAUUUUUGGAUAUAUAUCAAAAAUUUAAAAACACAUCAACGUAUAUUACUGCCGAGUCGUAUGGUGGUAAAAUGGCUGCUGAGUUUGCUCUUCUUUGGUUCAAAGAACAAGAGAAUAAAAAAAUUGAGAGCAAUUUAAAAGGCAUUGCACUGGGAAAUCCAUGGAUAUCACCAAUUGAUUCAACUCUUUCUUGGGCUCCAUUUCUUUUACAGACAGGUUUAAUUGAUUAUACUGACUACGAAAAAAUAAAUAAACAAGCUUUAGAAAUGAAAUAUGCAAUUGAGAAAGGAAAAUGGUUAAUUGCUCAACAAAAAUUUCGAUCUACAUUUGCGAUUAUUCGAAAAGUAACUAAAAAUAUUGAUGUAUAUAAUUUUAUAAAACCAAGAUCUCUUUAUGAAAAUAGUUCAUCAAAUGUAAAUGAUGAAAAAAGUCCACAGUGGAUUAACAAAAUGAAUGAUGUUAAAAAAACAUUAAAUAUCAGUAGUACAUGGGGUGAACAUCAAUCAAGUGUAAUACAUUUUUUAAUGAUUGAUGAUUUAAAACCAGUAACUCAUAUCAUUGAAGAAAUAUUAAAUAAUACAAAUCUUGAUGUGUUUGUUUAUUCUGGACAAUUUGAUAUAGUUGUACCAACAUCUGGUACACUUGCAUGGAUUGAAAAUUUAAAAUGGAAACAUGAUGAUGAAUGGAAAAAUUCAACAAGAUAUCCACUUGUUAUUGAUGAUAUCAUUGAAGGAUAUUUUAAAGAAUUUAAUCACUUUAAAGUCUACUGGGUCAUGCGCUCUGGUCACAUGGUUCCUGCAGAUAAUCCUUCAGCAAUGAAACAAAUAUUAAAACAUCUGACAAAAGGUUAAUAUUUUUUAUCAAAUUGUUUUUAUAUUUUCUUUUUUGUCUAUUUUCAAUCCGGUUGAUUUAUCAUUUAAAGAUUCCUGAUCUAAGUCCAUCUAUUUUUAUUUUUUUUUACACAACAAAGUCAUUAAGACACACACACAAAUUUAUACGUAUCCAAUAUUUUAAUGAUUAAUUUUAAAUACAAGUAAAAAAUAUAUAUUUUUAAUAUUAUUUAUUGUGUUGGUGUUGACUUUGAUGUCGACUAGCUUCAACGUCGUUUUGUCACUUUGACUGGUUCAUUUCGCUAUAAAUUCAAUUUUUUUUUUCCAUUAAAAUUAAUGUUCCAAUGAUUUAAAUAAAUAGA